CACGUGAUCGACAAAGGGGUGGGCAUGCGUUGCGAGUUCCGCCGCGUGAUGGGAAGGCGGUGUGUGGGGGCCGCUGUUUUGCGCCGAAGAGACGUGCGUUUCACCUAAACUGUGUUUCCUUUCCCCGCUGUAUCUCGGAUCAUCUUGGCCUCAAAUCUCGGAGCCGUCACCAACUCACAGACUUUUCCUGCUGCCGAUUCUACGAUUUUAUCCACAACUAGGCCAUUUUCCCUUCCUGGUGUCCUUUUUGACCUCUUGACCUCUGGCUCAAAGCCACUGCUCAGCUCCCCAGUUGUGGAAAUCGGUUCUAAAAUCUGUAUCCUUGAGACAAAACCUUUGGGGAACUCCUGCCUUCUCGUAUUCUUAACCCCUCAACCCCUUCUGAAGGCCCCAAAAUGACUUCUUUGUGCUCUCCUCCCGUAGAAUCCUCAGUCCCUCCACCAAGAACCUCUGCACCCCGGCCCCUCAUUCCACCUCCUCUACUCCCAGACCCCUUGGACUUAUCUUUUCCACUAGCUCCCUGUAGCCUCCAGACCCCUAUCCCCCCACCACCCCCACUGCCUCCACCCCCUGCCACUGUUGCUGCUCCCCCUCUUGUCUAUGGCCUGGAGAAGCACCAGCUCCUGAAGGAGGCCUUGGAGAAGGCAAGCCCAAACCCCAAGGGUCGAGAAGAUGUGAAGAGGCUCCUGAAGCUGCACAAGGACAGGAGGCUCCCAAAAACGGGAUCAGAGCUGGGUGUGGUGGCAAGUGCCUGUAAUCCCAGCACUCAGGAGACUGACGCAGAAGGAUCACAGCAAAUUCAAGGCCAGCUUGGACUACAUAGUGAGACUGCACUACAAACCCGGCCCUGCUCCAGGUUCCGCAGUGACUUGCAGUGGAUCCUCUCCUGUGCUGACCUGCCAUCGCUCAUCCAAGAGGGCCCUCAGUGUGGACUGGUAGCCUUGUGGAUGGCAGGCGCUCUCCUGUCUCCACCCAGUGGCGUCCCCCUAGAGACACUCGUGCAAGUGGCCAUGGACAGAGGCUACACAGCCCAAGGAGAGAUGUUUUCUGUGGCCGACAUGGGCAGGCUGGCCCAGGAGACACUGGGCUGUCAGGCUGAGCUGCUCCGAAAUGGCCUAGGCGGCCCCAACAGAGACCUUGUCCUACAGCACCUCCUCACUGGGCAUCCCCUGCUCAUCCCCUAUGAUGAAGACUUCAACCAUGAGCCAUGUAAGAGGAGGGGGCACAAGGCCCAUUGGGCAGUCAGCGCAGGUGUCCUGCUGGGGGUGCAGGUUGUGCCGAGCCUUGGCUAUGCUGAGGAUCCAGAGCUGCCCGGCCUCUUCCACCCCAUGCCCAGCAUGCCCUGCCAGCCACCACCCUUGCCCAAGGAAAACACCUCAGGAACCAUCUUCCUUCUCUGCAAGCAGGGAAAGAGUUGGCACUACCAGCUGUGGGACUACGACCAAGUCCAGGAGAGCAACCUACAGCUGACAGACUUCUCACCCUCUAGGGCUGCUGAUGGGCGGGAGUACGUGGUGCCCUCUGGGGGGGUGCGGGCAGGCCUCUGUGGCCAGGCUCUGCUCCUCAGACCACAGGAGUCGAGCCACUAGCUGGGGCUGGGGUACCUGCCCUAAACUUGGCUUUGUCACCAUUUGAAGAGUGUCCCAGCUUUUCCCCAUGUUUGGGCUGGAUCUCUGAGGGUCCCCGACCCUUCCCAUUUCCAGUCUAAACAUCUACCCAAGCCAUCUCUUCCAGGAUUGGUACUGACUGACCCCUCUUUCAGGAGACACUGGUGGCAAGCAGACCCCAUGUCCUACCCACCUCUUUCUCGCUAGGGUGUACAUCUUCUAAGCCACUGUCACCUCACUAGACACGUGCAAGAGGCCCCCCGCUCAACAUGCUAUUCUGCUCCCAGGACAGGGACUAAGCCCUCUUCCUCAGCUUCCCUCUCCUUGGCCCCAAGCUCUUCCUCACCCUCUGCCUGCCUGCCUGCCUACCAUGCUGGUCUCUUAGCUCCCUAGAGGCCCAGGCUCUGCCCCAGCCCAUCACUCCUCAACUUCAUGUUGACUCAGGGAUCACUUCCUCAGGGAAGAGACCCCCCCAGCCCCAGCUGCUACUAACCCUUUCUAUUUUUGGUUUUGAGAUAGCACAUCACUAUAAAUUGUCAGGGGUCUUAAAGCCCAUCCACGAGCAGUUACAUAUGCAACCCCUUUUCCAGCAGAAAUUCAACAUCUCCCUCCCCGUACAGGAAGUACUAGAUUUCCCAUUUUAGAACAUCUGUUGCACAGAAUCCCUGAGACCUCUUCACAGAGUUCUGGAGUCUGAGACAUCAGAGAGCAUAGGGAUGGCCGCCUUGUGUCAGUAAGAGAGCUAGCUCGGGUCUCUUCCUCUUACAAAGCCACUGUGGCUACAGUGGAGCUCCACCCUGGUGACCUCAUCUAAUCCCAAAGACCUCUCAAAGGCUGCACUUCCAGAUACCAUCAAUGUAUGAAUUGGAGGAUUUAGGUUUCCAGCAGGUGCACUUUGGGGGAAUAGGGUCAAAUCCUAGCACCCCUCCCCCAUUUGACAAAUGACUAGAUGGAGACGUGGAGAAGGUCACUGGCCUGAAGUCAGAUGGCUGGCAAGUGGCAGCGUUGGGAUUCAGAACAAGUAGCCUCUGCCCACCCGCCAGACUACCUUGUGGACCACUGAAGCUCCUUGCAGAGCUGACCACAAACUGUUCUUCCCAUCUGUUUAUACAGAUAAAGGUGGUUACAGGGUGAAUGUGAUUCUCACACAAGUAUCAGUCACCUCCACUUUGAAAGGGAAUCCAUCUGUCUUCGUCAUUGCAGUAUCCUCAGUGCCCAGUAAAGGGUUUUGUGUGAGGACACUAGUGUAGUGAUUCUGACCAAUAAAGAGAUGUGACCCCCA